GACACUGCUCGGCAUUGCUCUCUCUUCGGAUCAUAGGCCAUAGCCCAUAGCAACAUUCGCCGAGGCAAAUCGGCGUUGCCCGUUACUGCUCGGGCCAUAGUGUCGAAAUUCGAAUUUGCGGAACACGUGGCCACGAUAACCUUUCUUCCGCAUUUUAUCCGUAUCUAUAUUCCUCCUCGUCGCUGAUACCCAAUUGUUACGCUGCCAAUCGAGUUUGCGAGGAUGCCGCGCUCCACGCGAGACUCGGACGACGAUUCCGAGUUGAAAGUAGAUCAUAUUCGAUCGCUUGCUACACAAACAGUAAACUCUCCUAGCUUACGCCGUAGCAGCAGGAUAAAACAGAACACGCCUUCAGUCUCUCCUGGCAGUGAUACUAGUAGUGUCAACAAUCAACCAGUCAGAGUAACUAGAAAACGUGCCACGACUCUGGAUUCUGUUUCAUUGGAUGUGCUAAAGGAACAACGUAGCAGAAGGGUUUCUAUGUCUUCGUAUGCCAGUAAGACCAUGGAUAUCGGGACACCUACCAAGAGAAUCACCAGGAGUACAGCUGCUACAUCUUCCAACACAACACCAACCAAGAUGACUUUGCGAGCAAGUAAGUGUUUUGUACGAGCUGGCUCUGAGACGAAAUCACCAUCGCCAGCGGUCCGAAGCACACGUAGAACGAGAUCUAGUUCUGUCGAACCGGAAUCCUUGACUGACCAAACUAAGAGUCAACCGAAUACGCCGGUUAAAGUACGCAGACGGGCAUCUGUUUUGCCAGCAAACUCUCCGGUCAAAGAAGAAGUUGAAGAGUAUCUUAUACCUUACGUGCGAUUAGAUCUUACAAUACCCGAAAUAGAAGAACCUACAAAUUCAGAUAAAGCACCUAAACUGGCAGAAAACAAUAGUGAAGUGCACAAUAAUAGUACCAAUAGCGGUGCAUCUAAAAAAAGGAAUUCUAUUAGAAAUUUGGAUUCUUCGUUGGAUAAACUGUCAUUUUCCCCAGAAAGUCAAAGUGCUACUGAGACACGAAAAGAUAAAGCAACAUCAUCAUCAUCAUCUGUAAUAUUAUCAUCAGAUGAAGCAUUUGAUCUACCGGAGAAGAGUGAAUUAUUCAAUAAGAGUAAUAGUAAUAUGAAUGUAACAAUGGAAAAUAAGGAAAAUCUUGGAGAUUCAAACUAUUUACCAGACAUAGCCUCACAAUCCCAAACAAGUCAGAAGAUUAGUAAAAAACGUAGAAGUAUAAAUAAAGACAAUAAUGAAGGAGAUGAUAGUCUUUGUCAAGAAAAGAAAUUUGACCACUCGGACAACAAAAGUGAAAUACACAAUGCUAGUGUGGAUAAAACAGUGCAUGAUAAGAACAGUUUGGCAAUUCCCAGUGAAGUCUCCAUGGAUAAUUUGACUGCUUCAGAAAGUAAAGAUACUUUGACUGCUUCAGAAAAUGAUGGCAACAAUGAUGUGAAAUUAGCAUUGAUAGGACGAAAUUCGUGUCUCCGUGAUGCAGCUGAAGAUGUAAUCACUCUUGAUCGUUCGGCGAAAUCAUCUGUUGAUCUGCAAGCUUCACCAUCGGUUAACGAAAAAUCCAACGACCGGUCUGUCGCAAAGGAGUCAGCUCAAAAUGAUGAAACAGUAGAUGUUGAUAGAGAACAGGAACAGAAAAACGUGUCCGAAUUCGUGAAAGAAUUAGAAUCGUCCAAUGUUGCGCAAAUGGUCCAGUCCACAUCCAGUGUCUCCAAUACGAAUAAAGCAGUGAUUCAGAAUAAUGAAUCUUCUGAUUUUACAAACAUCGCUGAGCGACUAGCAACUGAGAAAGAAUCGAUAAAGCGAGAUAUAAAACAGAAUAACAUACAUGAAUCGUCUGAUGAUUUGGAAACAAAGAACAACUCGCAUGUUUCAGAGAAGACUCGAGAAGAUGAAAUCUUAAUUGUCGAUAGUGAUCCCGAGAGCGAUAUUGAUAUCAAUCUAAUCUCAGAAGAGGCUGACGAACAGGAGGAGAAAACAACAAAGAAAAAUAAUAGCGCUGACGAAACCAGUCAAGAGUGUUCGCAGUCAAUAGAAAAGGAAAUAGACGUAUCGCAGGAGAAAUCGGACAGGAAUGGAAUGGAAAUAUCGCAGGAGGGACGUUCCCUGAGCAAAUCACGUAACCAAGAUACAACGGAGGAGAGAUCUGAGAAGAAGAAAAAAAAGAAGAGUUUGUCAAAUAGAGAUGACAGUAAAAUAGAGGAACAAGCAUGCUUAAAUCGUUCGACAGAGAAGGAGUUAAAAGCUUUCGCCAACUUAUUGGAAAAUGUAUUUGAUGACGAAAGCAGCGACAGCGAGACCAUUAUACCAGCUAUGGAUUUAGGAUUUGAGAAUUGUUCCACGGUCGCACACGCGGGCUCAAUUGCCAAUGAUUCGGAUGGUAGUGAAAAGCUUAAUGACACGUCGAAUUCUAACAUUGUGUCUAGUUUCCUAUUCGCAGAAGCGGAUAACGAUGAAGACAAUGAUAAUGACACCGAUAAGGACAGCAGUGUGAAUUCCGAUGUUAGAAAAGAAUACAAUCUCGAUGGGACGGAACAGAAAUUCGAUGAUGAUGAUGUACCACACGAUGAAUGCAGAGCUUCAGAAUCGGAAUAUUCGGAUCCCAACGACAACGGUUCAGAUCUUGCAGAUUUUAUAGUCGAUGAUGACCAAGUGGAGAAUGAGAAAAAUGAGGAAAAGGAAGAAGGAGAUAGUGAUGAGGAACAAGACAAGAAUUUAGAAGAACAAAAAGAAAUGAAUGAUGAAGAUAACCAAAGCGAAGAGGAAGGUGAAAGUGGAGAAGAGGAGAAGAAAAUAGAUACUAAAAACAAAGAGCAAAAAAAGACGAGAGCAAAGGUAAACGAACAUGUAAUGAUCGAAAAUGAGGAUGCGGAACAGUCUGAAGUGAAAAUAGAUUCCUGUGAUAGUAGCGAUGAGAGUAGCGAUGACAACAAUGAAUUGCCAGAGAAAAUCGGCGAAAAUAAAAAGAAUGACUCCGUUGAAAUUAUUUCUUCUCGCAUUAAUGAAACGAAAAAGGAACAAAUCACCGACCCGAAGAAAUCUUGUGCGAUGAAAAAUGAAGAAACCAUUCUGUUGGAUACGUCUGAUCCGAACGUAUCCGUAUUUGAUAAGAGCAAGAAAACCCACGUGGCGAAGCGUGAAGAAACCAUCUCAUUGAUUUCAUCGGAGUCACCAUCGUCGAUUAAAAUAAAAAGAAAGUCACUUUUACGAUGUUCUGAAACGAAGGUUGAAACGGAACAGGAUUCGCUAAAGCUGGACGAGUCUGCGAAGAGUCGGUUUUCAAGAAAAUUAUCGAAAUUGCAUUCACCAAUGGACUGCAGUACACCAAAGCUUAAUUCUUCGAAACAUAAACUUGAGUUUAAUAUUGAGACACCUAAAACAGUGGAAAAGACUCGGGAAAGUAAAGUUGAAUUAGAUAAAAGUCAAACUAAUACUUCAUCUAAGAAAAGCAAGUCGAAGGACUCUACUACAAAAAAGAAUACCAGUUUAACGGACACUUUCCAUCAAGAUAAGCGUUUCGUAGAAAGACCAUUAAAUACCAGUCUUCCAUCUGACUUAAGAGAAAUAAUAGAAAAAGCAAAUCUUUCGAAACCAACAGUUUCCAAAACAGCUGAAUUACACAAAUCUAUGAGUGUCACCCAUACCGAGACGCCUAGAAUAAGACAUCUAGGAAAGGAAAAGUUAAAUAAAAGCGCACCAGUAUCAAAAUUACAUGUGGAAGUCGAUCAGUCGAAGGAAUCGAAGGACGAAUUGCCAACUACGGAAGAGAAGGCUGUAGCAAAAACGAAAAUAAAGGAAAAAAGUAAGGAGAAUGUUUCUAACGUGGAUUCGUUUAGCGAUAAUACUACGCGAAAACGGAAGAGAGAGAGAAAGCACAAGAAACAAGCAGAAGAAACAUUGAACGAGAAUAUCACUGAUAAGGUUUUGUCUGAAGACAUUAUGGAAUUAGAAGCUUCUCGAAACCAAAAACGUGUCAAAUUUAGUGAAUCGCUAACUGUAAAAGAUGACAGUUGCAAAGGUACAUCUGAGAUCAACGAGACAAAGAAAGAAAAGAAAAAGAAGAAGAAACUAGUCAAUGUAAGUGAACAACGCGAAAACAUAAAGGAAGCCGACACAUAUCAAAAUAAGAAAAACGAAACAGAAUUAGAAGAACAGCAGCAAGAGCAAGAGGUGGCGCAGAACGAAGAAACUUCGCCGGAAAAAUUAUCAACAAAGAAGAGGAAAAAGAAGAAGAUACAGAAGAACGAACAGGAGGUUUCACUGUUGGAAACUAAAAUUUCUAAAACAAAAUCCAAAAAUUCGGACUCGGAUAAACCACAAGCGCAAGCCGAUGAAUCGAACACGAUUGAUUCGAUAAACGCGUUCGCCAAAGCACGUUGCAAAAUGCAGGAAGCUAUCCGCGCUACGGAGAUGCGUAUUAAGGCUAACCAAGAAUUGAAGGAAAAGAAGAUGCUGGAGAUUAAGGAAAAGAAGAUGCUGGAGAUUAAGGAAAAGGAGCGAGCCUUGCAGCUUCAAAAGCAGGAACAACGGGAUGCGAAAAUCAGCAGGAAGCGGAAGAAGGAAGCUGCCGAGGAGAGAGGAGCGUUCGCACCAUCGUCGACAGGUUGUAUGCAACGAUUGCCAGAUGACGUGAUCAAGAAUCUUUCGGACGUUCCGACGAGAGCAACAAAGAGGCGACGACGUUUGCUACACGAGAGUCCGAUCACGUCGCCGCAGCCACAGAAUUCCAAGUCGAAGGCGAAGAAAGCAAGCCACAUCGGUGUCCAAUUAAGCUCCUCUGGUAGCACCACGCAGUUCACCGUGAUAAACUUACAAAAGCUAAAGAAGCAGCCGCCGAAAGAAUCAGCCGCAGUGGCCUCGUUUAGGCAGCGAAUGCUCGACAGAAAUAAACGAGAACCUGUUUCGGCUUAUUUGAUGUACCUCGAGAAGCAGAAAGCAUCAUCAAAUAAUUAUUCUUCUAAUGCGGUUUAGAUAUACUGUACUUUUGUCAACGUUUUUGUGUUUUUACUGACAAUUUUUUAAUUAUCUUGUAUUACAUUUGUCUUUUUACUAAUCAAUCAAAAUGUUACUUUGUAUGUUUUUUUUUUUGCGAAUGCGAAAGCCUGUAAAGUCUGUGUUGGAAUACAUCUAUAGAAACGAAACAGAAUUUUAUAUUACAUUCGUGUUUAAAUUAGAAUUAUAUAAAGCGUUCGGACUUUUCGGCGAGAGCAGCAAAGAGGUGGCGACUUUUAUACAUAAAGCGAUUUCCAGAAUACGUGUACUUUAAUUAUUUAAUUGUUGAAGACAUGUGCGAAAGAUUAUUGAUCACAUCGUCUGGCAACCGUUGCAUACACCCUGCGGACAAUUGUGCGGACGCUUUAUAUAAUUCUGUUAAAACACGAAUGUAACUUAUUUCUUGACAACUUAAAGCCUACAUGAAAUUACUUAAGUCUGUAUGAAAAUAUGCAAUGGAUAUUGAGAUUGCAAUUUGGAGUUUGGGAUUUCAUGAAGUAAUAUUUUGAUUAGUAAAAACGCAAUCUCCCCUUCCCCCAACUGAUGAUCUACAUCUCUAAUGCGUAUUCCAACACAGGCUUUACAAACUUUCGCGUUCGACAAAAAAACA